AUGUUAAACGACCACAUGCAGCUCGACGAUGAUAUUCAUCAACUCAUGUUUCAACGAUCCUUUAGGAGAGCCUUUGAAAUUCUGGAAAAAUUAUUGCAAGAUAUUAACAAUAGAAGUAAUGUAAAUACAGGGGAUGGAAAUGUCGUGGAUCAUAUUCCGAUGAUGGAUAAAGCCGCCAUAUUAUAUUAUAUGGCCACGUGUUUGAGAGAAGAAAACAAACACACGCUUUCCAUCUCAUAUUAUGAAAAAGCAAUGGAGGCGUUUGAAUAUCAGCACAAAUCAUCCAUUGUAAAAGAGGAUGAUCUGUUGACCGAUUUUGCAUUGUGUUUAGUACGUGAUGGAAGUACACAAAAAUCAAAGGAACUCUAUGAAAGAGCAUUGGAUUUGAAUUCAAGAAAUGUGGUGGCCAUCAGCGGUCUCGCCGCCUGCUAUUUAAUUUUGCGUGAGAUUUCAAUGUCCAAAAUAUUAAUUGAGAAGGCCAAAAGUAUUGAUGAUUCAUAUUAUCACAUUUAUCAUGUGAGAGGAAUGCUUCUCGACGAAGAGAAAGAUUAUGAAGGAGCGAUCGAAAUGUACACAAAAGCAUCGAUAUUGAAUCCCAUGUAUGCUCGAAGUCAUUACAACAAAGCAUUGACAUUCGAGAAAAUGUUUCGGCUUUCAGAAGCCAUUCGUGAAUAUGAAGAGUGUUUACGUAUUGAUCCAAAUCAUUUACCAUCCCUUCAGAACCUCAGUUAUUUAUAUUACCAAGAGAGUGGACUACGAGAGAGGUCUUUCAAUUUAUUGGAAACGUUUGGUGGAAACAAUAACGAUGCAGAUGCUCUUUCAUCAAUAUCAGAUAGUUUCAGAGACUUGGGAGAAGACGUAAAAGCAUAUGAAGUCAUUACUCGUGCAAUAUUAUUACAACCUGAUAAUCCCUUGUUUUAUGUGAAGCGAGCUCAAAUUCUUAAAUUUCUUGAGCGAGUAGAUGAAGCAAUUUUGGACUAUCAAAAAGCAUGUGAGUUAGACCCAACAAAUGAAGACAACAAAAUCAUGUUAAGAAAUUGUAAAUUUGGUCCUAGUAGACAUACUUUAGCUGUUACAGGUGAUGACACAUCUUGUCAGCUUGGAAAUAUUUCCUUAGAGGACCAGUCACAUUGCCUUUGGACACCUAUUUCGUUCUCGGUAUCCAUACUCAAUGAAAGGAUUAAUCAAAUCGUGGCUGGUUCUCACUUUUCUGUUUUUUGGGGAGAUAAUAUUGGCAAUACUCCAAAGAUAUAUGAAUGUGGUAUUUUAAAUCAACAGACAUUUUCAAUUUUCGAAGAUGUACCUCUGCCAAGUGAUGCAUCUUCGAUUCAACAGAUCAGCUGUGGCUUAAAUCACUACAUGAUACUAUUAUCAGAUGGAAGGUUAUUUGGAAAAGGUCUUAACUCGAGAUACUGCCUUUCACUACCCUUACCUGACUGUAUUUACCAAGAUCUCACAUUAAUUGACACUAGCCAAUACAUUACAGAGCCAAUUCAAUCUAUAGUAUGUGGUCACACGUCGUCAGCAAUCAUUACCACCAGUAAUAAGCUCUAUGUUACAGGACUUGGGCCCAAAUUCACACUUGAUUCCUGUCCCUCAUGUAAGACAUUAUCCUUUAUUUCAGAACGGAAAAUGAUCAUUUGGUGCAAGAAUAGAAAAUUACUGUUGAAGACCAUUGAUGAGAGUCAUGAGAAAUUUGUGGACCUUGAUUUACUGGCUCACGAAGAUGUUGUGAAAAUUAGCUCUGGUUAUCUAUUUUCGUUCAUAUUAACCAAUCUUGGAAAUAUCUUCCUUUAUGGCUCUCCUGUCAAUAACUAUGACGAUGGAACAACAUCAUGGCUCAACAAUCCCAUUACAAAAAUUAAUACCUCCUCUUUUAGCCCUGCCACUUACAGUCCAAUCAAAGAUAUUGCUUGUGGCUUAAGCUGUGCAUUCGUAAUCACUCGAGAUCAUUCAUAUUAUGCUAUUGGACAUGGUGCAAGUGGAGAGUUGGGACUUGGAGAAUCCAUACUCGCAGCUUCACGAUUUACAAAAAUUUCCUCUCUCGAUAAUCCUCUGCUGAAUGCAAUUGCAGCUGGAUCGCAUUCCACAUUCUUCUAUCGGUCUCUUAUUGUGGAACAACAAACCAUUCAAAAGAGUUUUAAUUUCAAAAGACAGUUCAACACAGAUAUUGUCAUUGAGUGCUUGCGAUGA